AUGGAGGGGUCCACGACAGACGAGGCUCAAAACCGCCGCCCGGGCACCCAUGGUUUGGAUGCCAUUCACGAUGCUUCACUCGGCGAUUUGAACCCUGAACAAGUUAAUAAGCCACUGAAAUUGGCGCACGCUCGUGUCCUUGUGAAUCCCAUCUCUGAAUGGCGCACUAUCAUCGCCCUCUGUGUGUAUGUCCCUCCUCAGCACUUGUCAACACGGAUAUACUGGGUCGAUUCUGAGAUCAACUCAAUGGCGACCCCGACAUGGCUGGCAUGGAAUUCCGACUCUGAGAGAACCGAAGGAUCGGGGCUUCACAUUUGUACCCUCAGGUGCAGCAAAUACAGCACAAACAAGGUUGCGCUCCCUACCGACCGUCUUCGCUACGCUAUAGCUAGAGGAUUAACACCCAGUGGCAACUCUCUCUCCCUCAGCUCCAAUGUUCGGGGCACGACCGCGUUUCAUGUAUCCGUCCAACGCCGUGUCACCCAAAGCCAUAGUCUCAACCGAGAGUAUGGGCGACCUUUCUAUCCGGACAUGAUGAGCCACGAUGCACCGGACGGCAAUUUCCGAUUCCUAGAUAUUGAUAAUAUGGCUCUAGCCAAUGCAAUUCUGGUUCGACGCUCUAGGGUGGCCUUUAGUGAGUGUUCUAUUACUGGAGCGUCCUAUCCGUGGAGGAAAGCCCUUGGAGGAGACGAACCCAAAGCCAAGAGUACGCCUUCUAUCAAUGGAGGACGUCGAAGACGGAACCAUUCUAAGUCGGCUUGUGCCUUAUUGGUUCUGCUCUCCGGCACCCCCGUUCUGGCUCUGGCAUCUGCAGCCGAGCGUGCCCUCAGGAUCGCGAGCGGUGUCACUGCUUCUGGCGCUGCAGUGGUGGUGAUACCACUCCGCACUAUCGAUGAUGUCCCAUCUUGGGCAUGGAUCUCGGACUAUGCGGUCUGGAUGAUGUGCUUCAUUCCAUAUCUCGCAUUGCAGAUCCGCUACAUUGGCCAUCACAACAGCCAUCUUCGACAACUCUCCCUGUUUCUAGUGAUCCUACUGGCAACCUACUUUGCCAUAUCUCUAGCGCAAAACUCCCCGACGCCGAUCGAUGGCUUCACUAUCUUUGGACCGAUCGUGUUGUCGGUCACCACAUUUCUUGUUGCACUCCUCUUUGAUGCCAUCGCCGCCUGGGAAGCGCGAGGUGGAGAUGCUACUGCUGAGGCACAUCACCCCGCCGGCAUCGCCAUGGCGGCUCUAGGCGUGGUUCCAUGA